AUGGAGCCAUCACUCAUCAUAACUAAAUGCAAGUUGGGUGGGAUGGACUUCCUACUUAGCCUGGGAGGACUCAUUUACAACACAGAUUUGCCACCUUUGUUUUUAGCCACUGAGUCAUGGCCAAGCCUGGCGUCUCACGAUGCAGGUGGAGGAAUGGUGGCAGGCAGCGUGGUGGCUGGGGAUGACAGUUGGGGGCACAAGGUGAGGGAGACACAGACAUUGGGUGGUAAGGGUGUGGGGAACACCAGGGAUAUGGGGGGACACGGAGUGGUGAAGAUGCAGGGUUGCCGGGGACAGCAGGCAGUUAGGACGUGGGGAGGUGUGGGACACCAGGUGGUGGGGUCUCCAAACACCUGGAAUGUUGCCUUUCAAACCUCGAAACAUUCCGCCUGGCACCGCAGCUGCCAACAGCAGACGGAGGCCUAGCCGGACUCUUUCUUUGCUCAAGUCGUGGCACCAGAGAGCAACGUGAAAUUCCAAAAAGAUCUCACGAGCAUGGAUGGCAAGAAUGGAACCUCUCGGCAAAUGCAUAAUAGGAAAAAGACAAAGGUAGCAGCAAGCAAGUUGAAUGGUAUUCCAGAAGCCAGGCAAGAGGUCAAAAAACACCUUGGGGAUGGAGCAGCAAAAAAUAAAAUGAAGAGAAUAAAAACGGCAGAGAACAAGGAGGAAAAAAAGGGAAAACAAAGUAAUGACGUAAACAGAAAAAGCCGUAAGCGGAAAUCAGAAAACAAUGAAAAACUAGUUGUGGAAAAAGAAGAAACAGCGUUAGAGACUGACAAUCAGCUAAUAGAGACUGACAAUCAGCUAAUCCCGACACCUCUGGCGCAUAUUCCUCUGAAAAGCCUAAUGGACAUAGAAACGGAGUUGGUCUACACGGAUGAGGAGGACAUUCCCUUCGAGUUUGCUGGGCCUGUGCUGUCUACAAGCAAACAUUCAGCGCUCCGUCGGUCUAAAAAAGCAGCUGCCCUGAGAGCAGCCGAUGGCAGCGCUUUGCCCUGGGUUGACAAAGAGCUUCAGAGGACGCUGUGGGAAGCCAGCACGUGCUACAGGCAGAAGAACUACGAGGCGGCAGCGGAGCAGUUCUCAGCAGCACUGGAGCUUUGCAGUAAAGGUGCUGCUAUAGACAGUGCCUUUGAGCCAUCUCCAGAAAAUAUUUCCAGUAUCGCCGGUUUUAUUGAGACAAAGCUUGUAACCUGCUACUUAAAACAGAAGAAGCCUGAUGAUGCUCUGAAUCAUUCGCACAGGAGCAUUAUUCUGAACCCAGCAUAUUUCCGGAACCACCUGCGCCAAGCUGCUGUGUUUAGGUGCUUAGAGAGAUACUCCGAAGCUGCAAGGAGCGCCAUGAUUGCUGACUAUCUCUACUGGCUGACGGGAGGCACCGAGCGGCAUACAAGCAAGCUCAUCAAACUGUAUUGGCAGGCUAUGAUUGAAGAAGCCAUGACUAGAGAAGAAUCUUUUUCGGUUAUGUACACACCAUUUGUGACAGAAGUCAAGGCUGACAAAAAAAACAAGAUAAAGGAGGUGUUUGCUGAAAAGCACCCCGAUUACGUGGGGCACAUAUAUACAGACCCUCAUGGACUUCACGUCCUGCCGCAGACGGCAGAGUGGCCGACCCUGCCUCCCCAGCAGUACUUACUGACGCUGGGUUUCAGGAACAAACAUAUCGGAAAAACCUUGGAAAGGUGGUCAAGUAGAAAACUGCCAAUCUUUUCAGACCAGAAAGUGCCUUUCAGUCCUCUCACGGCAGAAGAAACACAAAGAUAUUGGGAUAACACUGGGAAAAAGAUGGUGCCAGUAAUGGAUUUUAUAAGAAGCACCAGAUUAACAGACAGACUCUGCGCGUGUUCACGUGGGAUAGAGAAGUUGCACUACGCCAGCCUCCUCGGCCGUUUGCAGAGAGGCGAGGAACGGUCCCAAGUGAUCAAUCAAGCCAUGGCUGAGCUAGCAACCGUUCCCUACCUGCAGGACAUCAGUAAGAAGGAUGCCAAACUGCUGCAGUCGCUAAUGGCAGAUGCCAUGGACACCCUUGAAGGAAGAAGUAGUGAUAAAGGACGUGUGUGGAAUGAAAUUGAGAAGAUCGGACUAAUUGAAGACUAUUUAUACCAAGUGGAAGACAAUUACUUAAGGAACAAAAGGCUGAGAACAGCUAGGAUGGAAAAAAUGAAAAUGAAGAAGAUCCAAAGUACACAGCAACAUUAGAGCUUAGGAAAUACAAAACCGUGCCUGACCAGCCCUAAAGACAUGGCCACACAGCGAACAAGACGACCAACACUGUAGAUAUUCGAUAUUUAGUUCGACAAAAGCCACCUUUCCACUUAAUGAGCCUUCCCCUCGCUCUGGGGUACUUUAGCAAGACGCUCCUGCACUUCAUUAGUCUUAGCUGGUUGGAAUAAAUGUCUGUGAAAGGCUUAUUUUAAAUUGUCUUGUUUAUUUAAACUAUAGCACCCAGCCAAAUAGGGGCCUGUAUUUUCUGCUCCGAGAAUAUUCUGUGUCCAAACUCUAUAAAAUCCUGCUGGCUUGAUUAUUGCCUGAGAAGGACUGAAAAGAGGGAUCCCUCCAUCCUUGGCUAAGAAGAAUUCAGCCUCACGUUGUCUUCUUUCCUGGCUAAUGCCUUAUGAUACAGAUAUUGGUACGAUCUGGUGGUGAAAAGUGGCAUCCUGAAUCUUCUGGCUGCAGCAAGUUCAAGAAACACAACACUACGAAAAGAGAAAGAAUACUUAAAAAGAAGCCCAGCUUUGCCCUGCGCUUAAGAAUGUGAAGUCCUUUGCUCUUGUCUGUGUCCUAAGGAUGAUAUUUCCCCGGUUAGAUGGUAAUUGUGGGCUCUUCUAAACGCACAAAGCUCCAGGGAAGAGAAUAACUGCACCUGCCUUCUACAGAGCAAACCUCUUGGUGAAGGCUCUGCACUACGUCUCGCGCUCCCACGGCAGCUGUCUGUCGCGUGGGCACAUCUUACAUCGCUUUGGUCUUCAAGGCAGCACAGGUUCCCAAAUCCCCUGAGACCCGUCGUCAGUGAGCAAAGCAACCCACCGACUUUUCCCGUAGAGAUCACCUCAUCAGCCCAAGUCUGACAGGCAUCCCCAGCUGACGCGUGCAGCCUCUUCUAAGGCUGGCAUUUCCUUUUGGUUCCCUGUGUUUACUUGGUAAGAAAAUAACCUCACCUCAUAAAAACAGCACUCCUUUCACUACAUUUUCUCAUUCACGGAUGACUUUAAAACAAAAACAUAGCAAGAAAGGAAAAAUCCAGCCCCCAGCCCUAAGAUUUAAUUAAAAAUCCAGGACCUCAAAGGCACUUAAUUCCCAUUAUCUAUUUAUCACAGACAGAAGUCUAAAUCCUACAGAUUUUUAGCUGCUAGAGAUUGUCUUCCUGGGCUCUCAUAAAAGAUUUUUGAGAACUUAAGAAAGAACUGGCAAAAGCUUUGAUGGUCCUUUGUUCACUGUGAACAGAGCAAGUAUAAAGAAAUCUUUUUGAGAAAAUCAGAGCUAGCAUGAGCUCCUUAAACGUGUGGGACAGAGAAACAAAGAAUUAUUGCCCUUUGGAGACGGCAUUAUUUUGCUAUGGGGUUGGUUUUGUCAGAUGAAGUUUUAUGACACAUGGUGGCAAUCAUCCAUCUCUGAUGAGCAGACACACACUAAAUCAGAAAGACUGCUCCCCACGGAUCACCAAGUCAACGCACAGUUCGGGAAAUCACGAGGCUCUUAAGCAAAUACUCUUAAUUUGAUGCAAGCUGGCUUACAGUUCUACAAUAUUAAUGCAAAAAUCAGGUAUUUUUACCUGGAAUGAUGAAACAGAAUAAAGUGCACUGAAAACAGGUGAUCUUUUGGGAACAAAAAAGCAACACUGACAGCAAAAAAUGGUUGUGCGCGCAACAUGGACAAGCCGACCCGAGCGCCGUGAAAAAGAUGUACCAGUCUCAUCGCGGAGCUUUGCGAGAGCCCCAGAUCCGAGACGAGAGGUGACAUUUCACUUUUCAGAUGCCAGGUAGGGCGGAAAACCUGUCUUACGCUGCAGAUCAAUACAUCACUGAGAGAGAGAGGCCAUAGCCCAAAUCAAUCUGUUAGGUGUCGGAAACAUCUAGGCCAACACUUGGCUACAGAGCCCUUUGGCCUCCAGAAAGCCGGAGACUAAAGUAGUUGUCAGGAGAUGAAGUCAGCUCUGAAACAACACAAAGCAAACGUGAAAGGAGCCUCUGUCGUGAAGGAGGGCAUUGCUGUUUUCCAAAAAUAACCAGCUGCAAUGCACAGAUUCCCAGGCUCGAAUGUGCAUGGUAUUUUAUUCAGGACUCGUGGAGAGUCAUACUCCAUGAAUAUAUAACUCCAUUUUGGCCGGACAACGGGGAAGAAGCCAGGAGGGGAGUAUUUCUGAUGCUUGCUGCACACAGUAGAAUUUCUAAAGCACGAGAUUCACUAGGAUCACCUACAAAAAUUUAAACACAUCCUAAUAAUUAACCUGCCUUCUAAAGGAAUUGCAGACUGUCAUAACGAUUCUCUGGCCUCUUAGCUGGUGAUUUCUAUAGGGUGAUGAGAUAUACCAGGGCUCCUCUCAUUCAGGAAAUAUUAUUACCAGUUGGACUUCAUUCCUCAUCCUCCUUUUUGUUAAGGGGACAUUAAAAACAGCCCGGCCUAUGGUUGCUGUGGCUAUUUUAGUCCCAUACACAAGGACACAUGUGAGACCACUCCCCAAGAGUCCCACUUUCAGGUCACUUCUCUUUGAAAGACUAGUUUCCGAAUGAAUGAUGGAGUUUUGUUUCCCUCCAUCACCGAAAUUUUUAGUCAGAGAAAUGAUUUAUCUGUUGACAGCUUGGUUCACUGGCCCCAAGCAAGUGAUGUCAGCUGAAACCACUCAAUGAAAGCAAAGAACACUAUACCAAUUUAAAGAAAGGGGGACAAAAUAAAAGGUAUAAAUACCCUCUCCCCUAAGACUGCCUCAUAACUCUUCUGCUUGUUGUUGCAGUCCUUGCUUCCUUGUAAAUGCCAGAACCGCUGUACUAAGCCCUGGAAGGGACAAUGAGCACAAGCAGAGUCAGCUCCUUCAGGUGUUAGGCAGAUGUUUACUGUUGGGUUACAACACUAAUUGCCACUCAGAGAAGGUAAGACCAAACACUGUCUGGUCUAAAAAACGUCUUUCACUAUUUGGGAAGUCUCUUCUGUCAAAGGGGUAUGGUAAAAAACACUGGAAAAAUACAAGGUUGAGAUGCAAAGCGAUGGAGAAUGGGUCUACAGCUGAAGUAUUACAUACAUCACCAGAGGAAGAAGAUGAGAUGCACUCGUGACAUCCAAUGCUAGGGACUAACGCGCUAAUGGCACCCCCUUAACUAAAUCAGUAGUCUGCUGUUGCUAAUCUCCCUCUGUAGUCAACAAGAGCGAUAGUACUCAGAAAAUAUUUUGGAGUGCCUCAGUCGCACUCCUCCCUCUCCCAAGUAUCUCCCUCUACCUGUUUCACAUCAAAGGUGAAGGAGAAAAGAAUGGGUACAGCAAGCUUUCAAAUACGACUACACAGAUUCCCAGCUCCCGAGAACAAGGGUUGCCUUACAGUCCACUCUAGGUGGCCUCUUAGCAAUUAGCGUAUUAAUACUUCUAAACAAAACACCACUUAAAAAGGAGCUUCAUAGCAAGAAAUCUAUAAACUAAUCAUGAGUUUAUGGACACAGAAGACAUAGGAGGGAUAUUAGGCACCACGCAGUACUUCCAAAACAAAGGCCAUGGCUGAUAUUAGAAGAAUCUAUAUUCGUAUAGACUGCAUUAUACCCACAACCUAGCGAAGAGGUCAUAUAAACAUAACCUGUUGCUUAUUCAGUGGCUAGAUGGGAUCACCCAUCUUUAAUCUCAACAAACAGAACAACAGCAGGCCACAGCUUUACAUUUUUCCAUUUGAACUACAAGCAUUGUCAGAAAAGCCAGUUUCACGUUGGGCUGUUUCUUGUUCUUGUUGCAAUUCAUCAUGAGAAGACAUGAGAUCUAAGAUACCUCGGCAAGGCAUAGUCCAUGAAUAAUACAGCACGUUACUUUGACCUUUUCGGUUUGCUUUGUAGUGUGAUUGGCCAACCAUUCCUGUCCUCCCCUGUUAACCACCCCAUUAACCUGGGAGGAGAAGGUGGAACGGACAGACAAUUAGCCAGCAGAAUACUAAAAAGGUUAACACAGGAGCGCACAGCCCUGGCUUUCUUGAGCUUUAAUGGGUAUUAAGAUUCUGCAAUCUCUUUCCUCUUUCCAAGUCUGCAGGGAAAAAAUAAGAAAUAGCACAAAGUGAACUUUGUUCUCAUUUCAGAUUAUAAUCAUGUAGUUCCUUUCAGAUGUCACACUUGGAUGAUUCUAGUUUAUGCGUGAAUAAACCGAGAAGAAUGUUUAUUUUUACCCCUCUCAAUAUGGAGAAUAUUCAAUUAGAGCGGUGAACUUUUUCUUUGAAGCUGGUCAUUCUUGAGCAAAGGAAAAUUGGAGAAAGUAGAGGCGAAAAAGCUCCAUACGGCAGUCGUCUUUAAAAAGGUCACGCUUGCUACACUAACUACGCGAGCUGAGUCAUUCCAGUCAUUUCCUAGUCAAAGAGAGGAAAUGGUGGAACUUUUCCAUCCUGUGGGCUGUCAGCUGCAGAAAGCUUUAUCUCGGCGUUCACCAGGGCAGGCGGAUCUCACAUGUCUCAGGCACAUGCAGAAAAGAAGGCACAGUAGGGCUUGGUGGAGUUUCAGAAGUGCCUGGUGAAAGCAGCUGCCCCGUUUCUCUGCGCUUUCAUACAUCUUUGUAAAAUCUUGCAACUUUUUGGAAAGAUCACAUCAUCGUAAAUGACACAGGUAUAUAGGCAGGUAUCAGGAAAUGUUUUAUGAAGUCUUGUAGUCAAAAGACCUAAUUUGAAGACUUUACAUGAGCUUCUUUUGCUCAUAAACAUUUUCUAAGCAUUGCUCUGGUGGUUCAGUGGCGAUGACCUGGGAUAGUUUGGUUUUCGGAUGCUGCCAUAUUCUUGUGUUUGUACCAACGCGUUACUCUGAGUUGCUAUUAAUAGCAAUGAUAUGAAAUACUUACUUUAGAUGGAAGAAGUGGGGGCAAAGAGAAUGGGACCUUUCUGCUACCCAUUAGAACGUCAAAUUUUACAUUUAUUACAGGUAUUGACCGCAGUAACGCAGAGGCUUUUUUAUUAUCUCACAGUGAUAAUAUAAUCUCUAUUUUGCUUAAGGUGAACAGUGAUAUCCAGACAGGAAGAAUUACUAACAGAGAAAAGAUAAAGCUUUAAAUUAGAAAAAUGGCUUCGUGGUUUCUCUCUGUAAUACAUUUUAAGUCCAGAAGGGACCAUUAAGAUCACCUAUAUGCCAAGGAUUUUUACACUCUGCUUUUUGAUAUAUGGGAUCCCAAGUAACAUACCAUUUCUUCCGACCCUUGCUCUGGAGCAUUAUCUUUGAUGGAUUUUUACAAACUAUGUAUUGAAAUAAUCACACACUUAGAGGCAGGCUCACAAACCGGAAGAGAUUAGAGAAACCUAAUUUUCUUUCAGAGGGGCAGUUGUUCUUUUGGGGACAAAAGUCUUACUGUGUUUUUGCGACACUUUCAGUGACGGAAAUCAUCACGAAGAAAAGUUUAUCAGCCUGCACUAGCUUUAAUGUGCUGAUUUGAAAAGAUCUGGAGCAAUUUUGAUUUAAAGUCUGGAAUAGAACUGAAUAUUUCUGGGCGUUUAGUGAGAAAAGUCAUGGCAGAGCUAAACCGUUUACCAGCUCUCCAUAACUCUACCCACUGCCGUUCAGGACUAGAGGGACACCAUCAUCACGAGAACUUCCAAGCUCAACAACUCAUUUCUACAGAUCAUUAGCACAAAUUAAAACGUAUCACAGAUUAGGGGAGCAGUAAUCCUGUCAAGCACAGGUUAAAUUCUGGGUAUGUUGAACAGAAAAGGCAAAUGAAGGGGGGGGGGGAGAGACAGACAUUCCAUUCUUGCAUUUGUUCUAGUAUCUGGGUGACCUAGGGAGUACCUGCGGCAGUGAAUGAAUUGUCCCCUCCCGCAGAUAAAGAACUAAAAAUUUCAUUGUUCUUUGUGCUCAGUAAAUGAGGGCUGAGGCGAUCCGUAAGAGAAUAAGAGUGCCAGGAAACACGCUGAGUUGUUAUACUGCCUUGAACAGUUUGUCUCCAAAGCCUCUUUUAUAAGCGACACAGCAGUAACUUUAUUUUUGAAAUAUAUUUAUCCACCACUAUUGUUAAACGUGCCCUAAGAAUUUUUGUUUUCCAGAGCGAUGAGACCAUCAGCUUUUACAU